AUGCCCGUCUUGUUCCUUCAUCCUCCCUCGCCGCCUCCCUUCCCUUCAGUCCUCUCGGAAGCCGCCGGCAAGACCCGGUCGCAGGCGACAACAGGCGAGGCGAGGGGCAAGGGUGCUAGGGCCAAGGCAGGGGAGGCGAGGGACAAGGCUGUUCCAACCAACAAGCGGGCGGGCAGCUCCGGUGCGAGCGGAUCAACUCCGUCUGGAAAGAAACCUGCCCGCUCGCAGCAGGCGGCAGUGCAGGCGGCUGGCAGCAAGCGGCAGGGGCAGCAGCAGACGAUGGGCGUGAAGCAGCACAAGUCGUUUGAUGGUCACAUGGCGGCGAACGGAACUCGUGUGGCGGGAGGGAAGGGGCACGUGAAUGGCACGAGGCACGUGAAUGGCACGAGGCUGAAGCGGGGUGCUGCAGCUGGUGGUGGUGGUGGUGCUGUUGGGAUGCGCAAGGAGGGUGGCGGUGCUGGUGGUGGGCGUGGCGGGCGAGGAGGCAGCGUGAUUGGUGUGGUGGGCGCGCGGAUGAGUGGCGAGCAGAUGGUGGGGUCAGCAGGCAUGGCCAAUGCCACGGGCCGCCUGGAGCUGAAGCUUGUCAAGACGGCCACUGACAUGGACGUGCACUACUCGCUCUCCCUCGCGCACCUCUCCUCGCCCUCCCCUCCCACCGCCGCCUCCAUCCACGCAGGCCGCGCCGCCUCCGCCUCUGCCCUGCUGCUGCUCGCCUUCCCCGCCUCCGCCUGGACCAACACCACCCGCCCCUUCCAUCGCGCCUCCAACGCCACCGCUGCUGCCCCCCCUGCGGCUGCGCGCUUCAGCUACGGCGCCAGGGGCGUGUGGGGCAACGCGUCGUCCCUCUCCGCCGCUGCGGGCGGCUCUGUGGCUGCGGCUGUGAGCACCAUUCUCGCUGCCCCCGCCUCCUUCCACGCUCUCAUCGCCAUUUCACUUGGUGUAGGCCCUAGUGAAGGGUAG